GACUUAAAGUGUGUUUUUUUGGAGUGAGCUGAGGACAGAGUCAGACCCUGAUCAGAUGUUUUGAUGUUUUGAUGUCAUUCCCCUGCUCCUGACCUGUGCUCGCCAUGUGUUCUUUCAUUAUGUGACGUGGAGCCAAAAUAACACACGGCAAUAAAAGAUGACAACAACACAGUACAUGCUGGGAACUUCGGACGCAGGUCAGAUAUCCUCCUGACAACAUUUAUUGGAUCUCAUCAAAGCCACCUGAAGUGUAUAAAUACUGUGAGGUGGACUGAGACUGUCUCACAGACGUCACAGAUCAGGAUCACUGAGGUGUCCUAAUUUCUGCUCAUCAUGAGGGUCUUUGCAGUUAUCCUUGCCCUGGCUGUCCUGUCAGGCUGCCAUGCCAGAAGUUUCUUUCAGGACGAGCAGACGAGCACAUGGGAGCUCACCGUCGACAAGUUCAGGGAUUAUUUCACAGACCUGAACAUGAAGGCCGAUGGUGUGGUAAAAGACAUCAGGAGCUCCCAGAUCAGCAGAGAGCUAGACACCCUGAUCCAGGACAGCAUGUCUGAGCUCUCCAUGUACAAGGAAGACCUGGAGACCAAGCUGAGCCCCUACGCUCAGGAGGCCGGGGAGCGUCUGAGCAAAGACCUGCAGAAGCUGGGUGAAAAACUGCGUGACCACAUGAGCGAGGCCCGCGACCAGAUGGAGAAGUACAGCAUGGAGCUUCAGACCAUGAUGGAGCAGAACGCUGACGACGUCAGGGUCAGAGUCUCCGCCUACACCCGCAAGCUGAAGAAACGCCUCAGCAAGGACACCCAGGAGAUCAAGAGACAUGUUUCAGACUACUUUGACACUCUUCAGUCCCGCACCUCAGACAACAUGGAGGACAUGAGGGCUCGCCUUGAUCCUUAUUUCAACCAGGUGAGAGACAACGCUCAGGCAAAGAUCACCACCUUGAAUAAUCUGCUGAAGACGCAGGUGGACAACAUGAAGGAGAAGCUCCAGAUUACCGCAGAGGACAUCAAGGGGCGCUUCGAGACCACCGGUGAUGACCUGAAAUCCACCAUGGAGGACAAGAUGGAGGAGCUGAGGAACUGGUUCCAGCCAUUUGUCAACAUGAUCAACGGAAACAUGUAA